AUGGUGCUUUUGAAAGCUGUGUUGGCAUCAAUGCCGACAUAUGCUAUGUCUUGCUUUAAGCUACCCAAAUCCCUCUGCAAGCAAAUCCAAAGUGUCUUAACUAGGUUUUGGUGGGACAUAAAACCAGAGUUGAGGAAGAUGUACUGGAUAUCAUGGGACAAGCUAACCUUUCCUAAAGGGGCUGGUGGUCUCAGGUUCCGAGAAAUAGAGGUUUUCAAUGAUGCACUGCUUUCUAAGCACACUUGGAAGCUGUUAAGGAACCCCAACUCUCUGUUGGGACAAACUUUGUUAAAUAAGUACUGUCAGCAUCAAGACAUUCUCACAUGCUCAGCUCCAAAUGCUGCAUCUCAUGGGUGGCGUGGGAUAUUGGCGGGCAGAGACAUAAUCAGCAGGGGUAUGGUGUGGUUUUUCGGAAACGGAGAAUGA